AUUAAUCGUCAGCUUGUGUUAAAGAAGCACGGAUUUGUCUGGAUUAUCGAGUCUAAAAAAUAAACAAACGCCCUCUCAAUAAUCAACAUUUACAAGCAGCAGCACGACAUAGCAACAGGACGCAUUAAAAAAGACUGACGAACAAAAACUUUGCAAUGGACACAGAAUAUUUGAAGAAACAUGUUGGAAAUUGCUUAGCUCGAGGCUUAGCCGAGAUUGCGGAGAAGCGACCUGUAGACCCUAUUGAAUAUCUUGCCAAUUGGCUGUAUAAGUUCAAGAUUAAUGAAAGAAAUGAGAAAGAAGAAGCUGAGAAGGCUGUUCAGUUAAUUAAAGAAAGGGAAGAAGCACAGCUUGAGAAAGAACAGCAAGAAAAAAUGAGGCUGGAAGCAGAAAGACUAGCAGAGGAAGAAGCACAAGCAAAAAAAGCUGCUGAGCCAGAACCUCCAGCUCCAGAGCAAGCUGAGGAAGAAAAAACAACUGCCAAAGAGAGGUCUACGUUACCAGGCGCCCCCAACUUGGAAACAGUGCCAGAGGCUGAAGAAAUAACUGAUGAUACAGGCACACCUAAGCCAACUGAGCCUGUUGACGGAGCUGAAAAGACAGAGGAAACCACAGAAGAGACGGAAGAUGCACCAGAAUCAGGAGAAACAAGCAGAGAACCAGCAACAGGCACCGCAGAAGAGGGUGAAGAAACAUCCAGAGGGGGUGACGAGGCAACAGCAGAAGAGCCAUCUACUUAAUCCUGUCUAAACAGUAGUGACAUCAGUUGGCCUGGAGGUUUUAAAAUAAUGUAUAAAUAAAUGUAUUUAAAUAAUGAAGACAUUUAGGAUUGUAUUUGAGUCACCAGAAAUUUGUUCUGUAUUAAUUAUUUUUCUUAUAUUUUUAUUGUUAUUUUGGUUUUGUUUAUUAUUAGACCUAUUAAAAAAAAUUAUUGAUAAGUACCUUGCAUGUAAAAGACACAAUAUUUACUUCUAGGCCCUAGGUUAUACUGUUAUCAUCAUAUCAUCAUUUAUCACUAUUAUUAUUACUUCUGUCUAUAAUAAUAUAUAAUCCCAAAGACAAAAAUUGAAACUUACUUUAUAGAACAUCACAUCCCAAAAAAAAAGAUAUUUGCUUAGUUUGUAUAUUUUAAUAAGUUAUUAGCUGUCAUCUGAAAAUUGGAGCAAUCAUCUGUUAUCCUUGACCAGGUAUAAUAUGGACAUUUAAAUAAUACCAAUUUUGAGCGCAUAGAGACCUUAAUAUUUUGUGCUAUAUAAUGAAAAACGUUAACCAUUAUUUACUUUGUAUAAAUAAACCCAUGAUUUUUCUAGUAUAUCUUUAAAGCAAUAUUUUUACAUCCAACAUUCACUUUUCUAAACUUAAUAUACAGUAUAUAUUAAAUAAUUUGGUAUUUUUUGCUGAUAUCAUCAUAACAGUGCAUAAUUUGUUGUUCAGUUAUAUCAGUUAUAUUUAUUCUUGGGACAAUGCCGUGAGUUGAGCGUAUAUGGCGCUAUACAUAUUAUCAUCAUCAUUAUUAUUUUUUUUCAAAGUAAUGUUUUAUUUAUAUUUCUAUGUAUAUAACAUGAAUACUGAUUCGUUCUAUUGUGAUUUAAUGUGAAAUUCUUGUGAAUUAUAUAUAUUUUGUUAUUCAAUAAUUUUCUACUUGUAUGAUUAAUGUCUGCAAUGAGGUAGCACUUUACUGUACCCUCCCAAAACAAGUCUGCUGUAAAUAAAUGAUUAAGAACCACUGUAA